UCAAGUGCAGGAUUUUUAUCAUCGUCAUCUUCAAUUGAGGUCACAACCGCCGCCAAUGGCCGCCUCGCUACACUGCAACCUCGCGCUCCUUCCCAGCACCGUCCGCCGCAUUGCCGCCGUCCGAUGCGGUCCACGCGACAAUCGUCCGCCGAUCAUGAAAGGUCGGAUUCUCAGCACCGAAGCAAUCCAAGCCAUCCAAUCGCUGAAACGAGCGCACAGGAUCGAUCCAGCGAAUCUCCCCACUCACAUCCUCACCCGCCUUAUAAAAGCCGACCUCACCUCGGCGAUGCACGAGCUUCUGCGGCAAGACCACUGGGACAUCGCCGCCGGAGUUUUCUCCACUCUCCGAUCGGAGCACGGCGCCGACCUCAGCGCGUACGCCGAAUUCGCCGCUGCGCUGGCCAGGAAUGGACUGGCCGAGCAAAUCGAUUCACUGGUCGACGAAUUGGAGCAGGACGGCGGAAUCCGGCGCGGAAACGGCAAGGCGGUGCUGCGGCUGGUGAAGGCGGUGGUCGGCGCCGGGAGGAGAGAAUCGACGGUCAGGAUUUACGCGAUGGUGAAGAGCAGUGGAUGCGAAAUGGACGAGUAUUUGGGGAGGGUUUUCAGCAGAGGCUUGAGGCGGUUAGGUGAGGUGUCAUUGGCUAAAGAAGUAGAGAGUAUUUACAAGGGUAAUUUCGUCAAUUGAAAGUUUCAGAUUUGAUUUUGUUUUGUUGCUGAUAUUCACUUUUUUUUUUUUUUUUUUAAUAUAAAAUUUUAUUCCAAUUACGUG